AAGAAUAUAUUUCAUAUUUGUCCAUUUUUCCCACACAAACUUCAACAAACACCUCCUUUAAAUUAUUUUUAUAAUUAUUAUAAAAAAAUAAGACAAUUGAUUUCUCUUCUUAUAAAUACGGAGAGUGAACGGGCAACGGUUUCAGAGAUUCAGUUGUGGUGUUUUUUCUAUCUACCUCCUCUCAGACAAAACUAAACCAAAUCUUUGGAGCCACUCUCUCUAUCCAUCUGGUUUAUAAAUGGCUCGCAAGAAGAUCAGAGAGUACGAUUCCAAGAGAUUGCUGAAGGAACACUUCAAGAGGAUCUCUGGCCGCGAUUUGCCGAUCAAAUCCGCUCAGAUUAACGAAUCAACUGAUUUCAAUGAGUUGGCAAACAAGGAGACUUGGCUUUCAUCUUCCAAACUGGUUGUAAAGCCUGACAUGUUAUUUGGAAAGCGUGGGAAAAGUGGUUUGGUUGCUUUGAAUCUUGAUUAUGCUCAAGUUGCUGCUUUUGUCAAGGAACGACUUGGCAAGGAGGUCGAGAUGGGUGGAUGCAAAGGACCCAUUACAACAUUCAUUGUUGAACCCUUCAUCCCUCACAAUGAGGAGUUUUACAUUAAUAUUGUCUCAGAUCGACUUGGAUCCAGCAUUAGCUUUUCCGAGUGUGGAGGAAUUGAUAUCGAGGAGAACUGGGAUAAGGUCAAAACUAUAUUUGUUCCAACUGGAGCAACUUUUACGUCUGAAGUAUGUGCUCCACUAGUUGCAACCCUUCCAUUGGAGAUCAAAGCUGAAAUUGAGGAGUUCAUUAAAGCUGUUUUUGCUCUAUUUCAAGAUUUGGACUUCACUUUCCUAGAGAUGAAUCCUUUUGCACUUGUUGAUGGAAAGCCAUAUCCUUUGGAUAUGAGAGGCGAAUUGGAUGACACUGCUGCUUUCAAGAAUUUCAAGAAGUGGGGCAACAUUGAAUUUCCAAUGCCAUUUGGAAGAGUCAUGAGUCCUACUGAAAGCUUUAUCCAUGGGUUAGACGAAAAGACUAGCGCAUCAUUGAAAUUCACAGUUCUGAAUCCUAAGGGGAGAAUCUGGACUAUGGUAGCUGGAGGAGGUGCAAGUGUCAUAUACGCAGACACGGUUGGUGAUCUUGGCUAUGCUGAUGAACUUGGAAACUAUGCUGAAUACAGUGGAGCACCCAACGAGGAGGAGGUAUUGCAGUACGCAAGGGUUGUCAUUGAUUGUGCCACAGCUGACCCUGAUGGCCGCAAGAGAGCCCUGGUUGUUGGAGGUGGAAUAGCCAACUUUACUGAUGUUGCUGCCACAUUUAAUGGCAUAAUCCGAGCCUUGAAAGAGAAGGAAUCAAAACUUAAAGCAGCAAGGAUGCACAUUUACGUGAGAAGAGGAGGUCCCAAUUACCAGAGAGGCCUUGCGAAAAUGCGGGCACUUGGAGACGAAAUUGGCAUUCCUAUUGAGGUCUACGGGCCCGAAGCAACGAUGACUGGCAUAUGCAAAGAGGCAAUUCAGUGCAUCACUGCUGCUGCAUAAGUUUCUAAUUCCUAAGAUCUGUCUUCUUCCCUAUGUAUUAGUCCCACUACUUUUUGGUUUUAUCUCAUCCCCUUUUUCUGGCAAGGUACUAGUUUCUUAAAUCUUUGUGUCGAUGUAUCUGUUUCACGAUAAUAAAGAUUUUUAAGUGGGAAUUCAUUUCUGGGUUAAUGUUAUUGAUUGUUCAUGAGUA